GUGGGUGGUUCGACAUUUUUACGUAUUGUGGAGGCUGAUGUAUCAAAAACACCAACACUAGCAGUGCAUAGUGCACUACUACGCUGCUUUAUCACAUGUCGAGCGGAAAGUUGGCAAGCGCACACACAUGGACCAGCAACAAUUGCUAUGUAAAUUGGCCCAUUGAUGAUGCGAGAGUGCCGGUAACACAACAAAAAAUAAAAGUAAAAACUAAAAAAGAGGUGAAAACCAGUGGGGAAAAAUUAAGAGUGAAGCCCAGAGAAAAAAAAAACGAAUUUAAUUUCGAAAACAGUAAAUAUCAACAGUGAAAGGUAUGCAAUACUUAGUCACAUGUUUUUCACACACAAAAUAUGGGCUAUGAAUUGCAAUGUAUAAUUACCGAAGUUCAAAAAGCAACAUCAUGAAGCUUUAAUCCAAAUGAUAACGAAACCCAGUUCUUUUACUGGCAACUCCAGUAAGUUGAGCAAAAUAUUGAGGAAAAAGUGUUGAAUAAACAAAGAAGUGGAAAACAAAAUGCAAGAUAAUUAUACAUAAAUAUAUUUCCUUAACCGUAACAUGGCCCACCCGAAACAAGUCGCGCAAAAUUAAAAAAAUAAUAAUAAAAAAAUCAAACAAACAGUCACUUUGUGAAGUGAAACCCAACCUGCGCUCAAAGUAUAUGCAAUAACUGCAAUUAAGGCAGUGAUGAGUACCUGGUUGGAGAUACAGCAAUCACAAAGCAGCACAGAAGUAGGCAGCUCGACAGCAGCAGGGGUCGGCGGUAGCACGCGACAGAACACGCGACGUACAAGUGGCGGCGUGGCACGCAACAAACGAAAGCCUACCACCACAAAAGAAGGUAGUGGUGGAGUUGCUGGCGCAAUACUCGGCACAUUCGGUCCCCGUUUUAAUCGCUUUCAGUCAGUGAACUACUCUGCAUUGCAACAGGGAGAUCCCGAAGUGGGUUCUGCAAGUGGUAGUAAAAACAAUAAUAAUAACUAUUUGAGUGUCAGUGGGGACGACAGUAGCAGAGAGGAAGACAUCUUUCCGACGAGCAGCAGCAAUACAACGCCACCAAGGAGAAAAUUACGCCGAAAAAUGGGGCGAAGAGGCUACUCCAUGCGCGAUGCCUUCGAGGAAGGACGGGGGAUGCCUUAUUGCAAUCUUGCUCAAUUGAAUUUGCAUUAUACACGCGCAAUAUGGAGAUUUGUUACGUCACGCCAUUUAGCUGGUGUUUAA